AUGGAUGGGCCUGCGUCAAAGAGACGCCGGGUCUCACCUCGUAAUUCGUCUGUCAACAUUGGCAGCAGCAGCAGCAGCGACGCGACUCCAACAUCCCCGGAACCUCUAAGAGCCCGCGCCAAUCGCCUUGCAAACGCUGCACAGUCACACGCAGGCGUAGUACGUCCGCAGCCACAAACGUUAGAUAAUACACAAUCUGCGCCGCCAACAGAGCUAUCAAAGGAGCCGUCUGUGAGCGACCAAGGCGCACGAGAAGCUGUCGACAAAUCCGCCAACGCGACGACUACGGAAGCUAGGGAUCCAGCGCAGGAGGAGGGCCAAGCUACGCAGGGCCCUGGCCCAUUACCCUCAUCAGAACAAGCCGACAGCAGCCCGACUGGAAUACCUACCAGAUCGCCUUUCAAGCCGAGGCCAAGACCGUUACCGCCGCCGGCGCCCGAAGGAGACGACGAGGCGGAUUCAUUCUUAGGGAGGAGACAGCGAAGAUCGCCAAAUAGCGGCAGGCCCAUUUUACACCCAGAACCCGAGUUGCCGCCAUCUGCCCCCGAUGCCGCCUCUUUCAAACCUCCAAAGGGCAUACAUAGUAGUCCGUCGCGAUGGAGAGACAAACCAAGGCCGAAGAAGAGCUCACCUUUGAAGCCCUCCUCAAGCCAUCCCCCCGCGAAACCCGGCAGCAAGGCCGUAUUGCCGAUUCACAGCUUUCAAUUACCUCCAAGGGACAGCGAUAGCAAUCCACAAGAGGAUCAGUUGCACGAAAAAGCCCAUCCCGCCCGUCAAGUUGGCGUGUUUGAUCCGAAUAGAGACAAGAAGAAGGAAAUAGAAGCUCUUGACGAAGAGAUUGCAAAGUUGAAACAGGAUCUGCAGAUAGUAAGCAAAGAGAACGACAGAAUACGGCUGAUGCAGUCUUCCGGUCGUAUUCUGAGUUUUGCAGACGAGGAAGAGGUGUUUGACGUGGUGCGGCGCCAUCUCAUCGACUCGGAGGCAAAACCUCCGCCGCCACCAUCACAGCAGCUCUUGAGAGCAGCAUUAAAUCCUACGGCGCUGUUGCCUUUUGGGAGGACAACCUCGGUUGUUGCUACAACAGACGACCAGGUCAGCACUACAGACAUCAAAUCUCACCAUCCCGUACGGAUGACGGCAGAAGAAGAGCUGCCAUAUCUACAGCUAUUCAGCCCGUUUGAGGUCACGUCAACCAUGGCUGUCUUGCAUGCGGACGGGGACCAGCCCUUGCGGCAGCGGCGUGUCAUGACUUUCCGGUCAAAAGACACACCAGGGCUCUUUACGUCCAAGGUCGAGAUGGUGGUGAAUGCCGCCAACUCGAGCAUUUUGGAACUCAAGGUGCACUCUCUCGAGCCCGCGGCGAGAGCUGAGCUGGGGCCAUUUGCUGCCAAGAUAUGCGAGGGCGACUGCAACAGAAGCAUGCAGCGCAACAUAGGAAUACUGUCAUGGGCGAUGGGGGAAUGGUACCAGGCUGCAGUGCAAAGAGCACAACUAUGGUCCAAACUGGAUCGAGAGCUGGCUUCCAAGGGAGAGUUUUUGGAAGCCGUCGCCGAGGCGCGGAGGAAAAAGCCGUUGCGAAGAACAGCUGAGGAGAUGGAAGACGAUGGGGGGGAGCAAUCAACAUCCGCGCCACCCUUUAAGAAGGCCGAGUUGGUCCACUUCAUGGGCCAGCAAGCGUUUGAGUUUAACAUACCGUCGACGAAGCGGUCGGACCCUACAUCGUCAGUUCGGUUGGAGUGGAAGAUUGAAUUUGACUGGAUUGGAGAGGCGCAAAACAAGGUGACUGCCAUGAUUGGGGUCCCUGGCAAAUGGCGCAAAGCUGAUCAACGUGGUGUGCUGGGAAAGCUUCCCAAGCUGUUUGAGGAUCUGGUAGAGGGGGGGCAGGACCCAUCCCUUGCGGUUAAAACCAUUGUGGCAUUAGUUGUAGGAGAAUAG